CAAAAAAAAACCAUUUAGGUGUUCUGAGUGUGGUAAAGGAUUUGGACACAAGGGCAAUCUGGAUAUACAUAUGAGAAUUCACACAGGAGAGAAACCAUUUGUCUGUUCUGAGUGUGGGAAAAGAUUUGGACAACAGGGCAGUCUGACGGGACACAUGAGAAUUCACACAGGGCAGAAACUGUUUGCCUGUUCUGAGUGUGGUAAGCGAUUUGGACGAAAGGAUGAGCUGAACACACACGUGAGAAUUCACACAGGAGUGAAACCAUUUGUCUGUUCUGAGUGUGGUAAAAGAUUUGUACAAAAGGGCCACUUGACCAGACACAUGAGAAUUCAUACAGGAGAGAAACCAUUUGUCUGUUCUGAGUGUGGGAAAAGAUUUGGACAACAGGGCAGUCUGACGGGACACAUGAGAAUUCACACAGGGCAGAAACUGUUUGCCUGUUCUGAGUGUGGUAAGCGAUUUGGACGAAAGGAUGAGCUGAACACACACGUGAGAAUUCACACAGGUGAGAAACCAUUUGUCUGUUCUGAGUGUGGUAAAAGAUGUUUACAAAAGUGUGACCUGACCAUACAUAUGAGAAUUCAUACAGGACAGAAACCAUUUCAAUGUUCUGAGUGUGGUAAAAGAUUUGCACUGAAGGGCAAUCUGAUCAGACACAUGAGAAUUCAUACAGGAAAAAUUUAGGAAAACCCUGCAUAAAAUUACAUACAGAAACCAUUGUAUGGAUAGAAUAUAUCUCCCCAUCGAGAAGGCGGCUUAGGUCUUAUAGAGAUCAAUCAGGCUUAUAGAGCAUCUAUAAUAAGUAUUGGGCAGUACUUAAAGAGUUCUCAAGAACAAGUUAUGAAAAAGGUUAUGCAACAUCAUAUUAAGACUAUGCCACAACAGACCUCUAUUAUUAAAUUGGCAGAAAACUUUGGAGAUCUUUUGCAAGAGAGAGAAAGCAAUGAUCUGACACCUGCAACAACACUAGCAAGACAGGC